AUCAGACGCGACCACGGCGCCUGUCCGACACACAACCCGGACUCGGACCGUCGCCGCCAGUCGCCAGAGAGUCCAUGGACUGGACGUCGCUUCGCACCGCGUGCGUGGACCUCCACGCCUACCACGUCAACGCGACCUCGGUCGUUGCGCCCGAAGCUGGCCCACUGCGCAACCUCUACCACGCUAGUCUGCUGCUCGCCGGCGUCGUCCUCGGUGUUGGCCAGCCCCGCGUCGUCGUCAAGUACUUUAUAGCUCUCCACGCGAGCGUCCUCGUGCUCGGGGCGCUGCACGCACUGGGUGUUCGCCAGGCAGAGGCGCGGCUAGCACCUCUCCUUGGUGCGCUCCUCAGUGACCAUCCGCAGCUCGGUCUCCGCGCCGUCUUGGUCUUCUCCGCCUUCAACUCGCUGCAUGCGGCGCUCUUCCCAGUCGUACCACUCACAGUCAUCCUCGACGUCGUUGCGCUGGUAUCGAGUCUCGUGCUCGUGUACAUGGUGCCGAUCGCGGCCGCCCUCGAGCUCAUGCACCGCGUCGGGCCGUCCAUCGCCGCCUUUGUCCUCGUCUCCACCGGCGUCUUUGGCUACACGGGAUCGCUCGCGCUGCCGCUCCAAUCGACGCCAGGCGCUCGCUUUCGGCGAAAAGUCGUGCGACUGUAA